AUGUUCUACAAACCCGGCGUCACCGACCAUGGCCUCCCGCAUGAUCCAUUCAAGGCCUGCGUGAUCCCCCGUCCAAUUGGCUGGAUAAGCACCAAAUCAGCUGGCCCCAGCGGGACCGCAAACCUGGCCCCCUACUCCCAGUUCAACAACCUCACUUUCGACCCGCCCUAUGUAAUGUUCAGCUCGAACCAGACCCCGUCAAAUGAACGCAAAGACACGGUCCGCAACGUCGAAUCCACGGGCCAAUUCGUCUGGAAUCUUGCAACGUACCCGCUCCGUGAAGCGGUGAACAUCACCGCUGAGCAGGUCCCGUAUGGCAUCGACGAGUUCGAGCGCGCAGGUCUUAGCAAGGAGGAUGCGAAUCUGGUUGACGUGCCCAUGGUGAAGGAAUCGCCUGUGAAAUUCGAGUGCGUGUAUCAUUCGACGAUCCGCUUGCCGGGGAAUCCGCCUAUGGGGACGGUGGACAUUAUCAUUGGGCGUGUAGUGGGGGUGCAUAUCGCAGAUGGAGUGAUCAAUGAGAGGGGGCUGUUGGAUGUGAGCAGGACGCAGCCUAUUGCGCGAUGCGGGUAUUAUCAGUAUGCAGUCAUUCGGGAGACGUUUGAUAUGGUGAUUCCGGGCAUGAGUGAGGAUAUCCUCAAGGGGCUCGAGGGGAGUGUGAAGGGGAAUACGGAGAUGGGGUUGAGAGGAAGGCGUGGAGAAGGAGAAAGGAAUGAGAAAGAGAGAUAA